AUGUCCGAUGACGAACGGCCACGGAAAUUAGCCAAGAUCGAGAAUGCGGGCGAGUCCACAGAGCAAGAAUUUGGGCCUGCCAUGACCGGUGCAGUCCCCGCCAACAAUGAGUCGGAGAAAACGGAUGCGCAAAUCACCAACGAAUCUACCCUUACGAGCUCGGAAAUCCCUAGAGAUGCUACAAAGGAAUCAACCGAGACAGCUCCAGCAAAUGAAGCCGAGGAGGGCGCACCAAAAAUCUCAAAAAAUCAACUUAAGAGGCUCCGCCGCCAAGCAAAGUGGGAAGAGGAACGCGACGUUCGCAAAGCAAAGCGCAAGGAUCUGGCACAAAAGAAGAAGGAGCGACGAUACGAGGAGAUAAAGGAGGCGCGGGCAAAUGGCGGCGCAGAGGCCGUAGCAGCUCUUAAGAAGCAGUGGGGUGGAGCCAGAGGAAAGUCUAGACGCUCGAAGCUUCUGCCAUUUACAAUUGUCGUCGACUGCGGCUACGACGAAUUGAUGACUUCAAAGGAGCGCAUCUCCCUGUCGUCGCAAUUGACUCGCAUAUACUCUGAUAAUACCCACUCACCUUGGCGCGGAAACCUAAUCUUCUCGACCUUCGACAAGCUACUCAAAGAACGUUUCGACACUACACUUUCCAGCCACAAGCUCUGGAAGGGUAUACAGUUUAUACCCGAGGAUUUCGUGCAAGCUGCAGAAAUGGCCAAGGGACAUAUGGCAUCUCCGCGCGGUGGUAGGCUUGUGGGACCUUUCGACAAAUACCCAGACGCGAAGCCAGAAGACGGAGAGGUUAUCUACCUGAGCAGCGAUAGUGAAAACACUCUCACGGAGCUGAAGCCAUAUUGUACAUAUAUUAUUGGUGGACUGGUGGAUAAGAACCGGUACAAAGCAGUCUGCUACAAGAAUGCCGUGGGAAAGGGUGUUAAGACCGCGAAGCUGCCUAUCUCGCAAUACAUCAAAAUGACAGAGCGCUCGGUGCUCACCACAAACCAUGUGGUGGACAUAAUGUUGAAAUGGCUGGAAUUGGGUGAUUGGGGUGAGGCAUUUAUGAAGGUCUUACCCCCGCGAAAGGGAGGCCAAUUGAAAGUCAAAUCUGGGGACCAGGACGAUGGGAAUGUGAAUGCCGAAGCAGACGGCGGUGCCGAGGAAGAGGUUGUGGAGGACGAACAAGAGGAAUCGGAUGUCACUCUGAUGGAGCAGAUCAUGGCUGAUGCAGCUGGCGAGGAAGAAGACGAGCACGAAUGA